AUGGGAAUUGCGUUGAUGUGGUGUUUAGCUGUGAUCCUUAUCAAAUGGAUUGCUUCUAAGAGACGUGGAGCAAUUUCCUAUGACAGCUCUGAUCAGACUGCGUUGUACAUUCGUAUGCUAGGAGAUGUGCGAGUAAGAAGUCGGGCAGGAUUUGAAACAGAGAGAAGAGGUUCUCAUCCAUACAUUGAUUUCCGUAUUUUUCACUCAAAUUCUGAAAUUGAGGUGUCUGUGUCUGCGAGAAAUGUGAGAAGGUUGCUUAGUUUCCAGCGAUACCUGAGAUCUUCCCGUUUUUUCCGUGGUAUCACUGUUCCAAAUUCUUCAAACAUUUUAGAUGAUGAUUAUAAUGGACAAGCAAAGUGUAUGCUGGAGAAGGUUGGAAAUUGGAAUUUUGAUAUUUUUCUUUUUGAUAGACUGACAAAUGGAAACAGUCUAGUCAGCUUAACCUUUCAUCUGUUUAAUCUUCAUGGACUAAUUGAACACUUCCAGUUAGAUACGAUGAAACUUCGUAGAUUUUUGGUUAUGGUUCAAGAAGAUUAUCACAGUCAAAACCCUUAUCAUAAUGCAGUUCAUGCUGCUGAUGUGACUCAGGCCAUGCACUGUUACUUAAAAGAGCCCAAGCUUUCCAAAUCUUUAACUCCAUGGGAUGUUCUGCUCAGUUUAAUAGCAGCUGCGACACAUGAUUUGGAUCAUCCAGGUGUUAACCAACCUUUCCUAAUUAAAACAAACCAUUACUUAGCAACUUUAUAUAAGAAUACCUCAGUAUUAGAGAACCAUCACUGGAGAUCAGCAGUGGGGUUGCUGAGAGAGUCUGGUUUAUUUGCACAUAUGUCAUUAGAAAACAGGCAGCUGAUGGAAAGCCAGAUAGGUGAUCUCAUUCUUGCCACAGACAUCAGUCAGCAAAAUGAGUACCUGUCCAUGUUUCGAUCCCAUUUGGAUAGAGGAGACCUAUGUUUAGAGAAUCCAAACCAUCGGCACUUCAUUUUACAGAUGGCUUUGAAGUGUGCUGAUAUUUGUAAUCCAUGUCGGACAUGGGAGCUGAGUAAGCAGUGGAGUGAAAAAGUAACAGAGGAGUUCUUCCAUCAAGGAGAUAUUGAAAAAAAGUAUCACUUGGGUGUGAGUCCACUUUGUGACCGACAGACGGAAACUAUCGCCAACAUCCAGAUUGGUUUUAUGACCUACUUAGUGGAACCACUGUUUGGGGAAUGGGCCCGGUUUUCAAACACCAGGCUGUCGCAGACAAUGCUUGGCCACCUGGGACUGAACAAGGCUAGCUGGAAGGGAGUGCAGAGGGAACAGUCUGGCAGCGGUGACGAUGUCGACCCCACUUUUGAGGAAAUGGACUCAGACAUAUUACCUCAGGAACCUCGAUUGUCCUGACCUCAAUCUUCAUGACAAAACUGCCUCUUCUCUUGGUAUCUGCGUGGUUGGAUUAAAGGAGAAUACUUGCCAGCCC